CCCCCUCCUGCAUAAAUAGCGGCGGCGGGGAAGCGGCCGGCUCAGACGGGACGAGCGGCAGCACGGCAGCGGCAGCAGAGACGCGGUUCGGCGCAAAGAUGAGAGCCGUGGUGGUGGCCCUCGCCCUGCUCUGCCUGACAGGCACCCAGGCCCGCUCCUUCUGGCAGCGCGAUGAGCCCCAGGCGCCCCUGGAGCGCCUCAAGGACAUGCUGGAGGUGUACCUGGAGACGGUGAAGGCCAGCGGCAAGGAUGCCAUCGCCCAGUUCGAGUCCUCCGCCGUGGGCAAACAGCUGGACCUCAAGCUCGCUGACAACCUCGACACGCUGGGCGCGGCCGCCGCCAAGCUGCGGGAGGACAUGGCCCCCUACUACAAGGAGGUGCGGGAGAUGUGGCUGAAGGACACAGAGGCUCUGCGCCAGGAGCUGACCAAGGACCUGGAGGAGGUGAAGGAGAAGAUCCGGCCCUUCCUGGACCAGUUCUCUGCCAAGUGGACGGAGGAGCUGGAGCAGUACCGCCAGCGCCUGGCGCCCGUGGCCCAGGACCUGAAGGAGCUCACCAAGCAGAAGGUGGAGCUGAUGCAGGAGAAGCUGACCCCCGUGGCUGAGGAGGCGCGGGACCGUCUGCGCGGGCACGUGGAGGAGCUGCGCAAGAACCUGGCCCCCUACAGCGACGAGCUGCGGCAGAAGCUGAGCCAGAAGCUGGAGGAAGUGCGGGAGAAGGGCAUCCCCCAGGCCGCCGAGUACCAGGCCAAGCUGGUGGAGCACCUCGGCAACAUGCGUGAGAAGAUGACGCCCCUGUUGCAGGACUUCAAGGAGCGCCUCACGCCCUACGCCGAGAACCUCAAGGCUCGCAUCAUCACCCUCCUGGACGACUUCCAGAAGAGCGUUGCCUGAGGCGCGGCCAGGGACAGGGACUGAGCCCGGCCCCGCUCCCGCAGCCGCCCCGGGGCUGCUCCCUGCCCUCCCCGGCCUGCUCCCACCCCCCGGGGGGGCUCUGAGGAUGGGCUGAGGAACCCCCCGGGCCGGGCCAGGCCAGGACCCCGCUCUUCCCCUCCCACCGCCUCCCCUCCCCGAACCGGCAUUGGUCUCCGCUUUGCCUUCCUUUUGUCAAAUAAACACGACUUAAGUUA